ACGUGCUCUCUGGCGCGCGAAGAAGGAAGAGAGCGAAGCGGAGAGGAGCGCGCGGAGGAGGUCCGUGCUCUCGUUGACUCUGGCAGCGGCCAGUUUCAGCCUCGGCGCUGGACCGUGAGGCACGCGAUCUCUGUUCUCUUUCUUUCUUUCUUUCUCUCUCUCUCUCUUCCUUCCUCCCUCUCUCUCUCUCUCUCUCUCCCGUUCUAUCUCCUGCGGGCGGACGGUUGCCAAGAUGUGAAGAUCCGUCGUCGAUCUGUCAUCGCGUCGCACAGCGAGCUAGAGCUGUCGUCUUCCCGUGAUGAUAUAGAAUGACACCGCGCGCUUCGGCUCGCUCCGUGUGCGCGAUCGAUCGAGAGGAGAUCGAGCGCGAAGAGUGCAACCCGUAAGAUCGAGAGCGAGAGUGCGUAUCCCGUCCGGAUCGAGAGGCCGCGAUCUCGCGACGCCGAAAACAAGUGUCGGAAAAGGGACGACUGGUCAUUAAAACAGGAUCCUUCAACAUUUUGAAAAUCGCGGAAAGAAGAGGAUUCGAGGUAAAAAGAAUUUCGGUAAAACGCGAGUGCGCCAAGCGUUGAAAUCUCCGCUGUCACGAGCGAAGCAAGCACCACAUGACACACAAAAGAAACGUGCGACACCGGAUAUAUUGAUACGCGUGUAAUCCUCGCAAGUCCGCGCGAUCCAUCUACAAUGAUCUAUCAGUCGAGCCACCAAGCGCCCACGAUGUCGUCCACUAGGAAAACCUCGCCCAGGCCGCAGCAUCGCAAUCUGCAAGCGUCUUCGGGCAAGUGUGCAAAGGCGAAGCGAGCGAACGAUCGGACGAUCAACGACGAGAGAUGCAAAGGAAGAUGCAGAGUGCAGUGGAGCGAGAAACACGUGAAGGAGGGCUUGGUCCUCGUCCAGGAGGCGCAGCUCGCCAGAGUGGUCAAGACGGGACCCAUCACGGAGCACUACGAGAUCGAUCCAAAACCGUUUGCGAGCGGUCAAUGGGCGAGAGUCUACCGCUGCAGAUCGCGAUCAACUGGUAUACUUUACGCGGCCAAGUACUCGUCCAGAAACCGAUUCAACGCCGAUUGCAGCGCAGAAUUGAGACACGAGAUCGCCCUGUUAUCCCUAUGCUCGCAAUCGCCACGUGUCGUCCGGCUACACGAUGUUUACGAAACGCCGAAGGAAAUCAUCUUGGUCAUGGAAUACGCGCCCGGAGGCGAUCUACAGACGCUUAUCGACGGCGAUUUGGUGCCCCUCGAAGGUGAUGUCGUACAUUUUGUGCGGCAGCUAGUGGAAGGACUCGCCUACCUCCACGAGAGAAAUAUCGCCCAUUUGGACAUCAAGCCUCAAAAUCUGGUCAUGAUGGGCUCCUUCCCGGACUGCGACGUUAAAUUGUGCGACUUCGAGAUAUCGAGAGUGAUCCUCGAGGGCACCGAGGUCCGCGAGAUUCUUGGCACGCCGGAUUACGUCGCACCCGAAAUACUGCAUUAUGAACCGAUCACGCUGGCAGCGGAUAUGUGGUCACUCGGUGUCACGACCUACGUAUUGCUGACAGGAUUCUCGCCUUUCGGUGGCGAAACCGACCAGGAAACCUUUCAGAACAUAUCCUUGGGAGAGGUGGACUUUCCCGAGGAACUGUUCGAGGAUGUCUCGGCGCAGGCAAAGGACUUCGUCGCGAAGCUCUUGGUGCUAGACCCGAGUGCACGAAUGACCGCGAAGCAAUGCCUGCGCCACGAUUGGCUGCGCGGCGCCCCAACACAGGCGUCGCCUCAUCUACGAAGAUAUCUAUCCAAGUCGCGAGAAGUUCUUCUGGAACGCGUCGUCAGCCGGGAGAACCUGAGACGAGCAGCUCUGAUGAGCCAAACGACUAGCCAGGCAAGUCUCUGCCAGGCAGAUCUCCAAAACGAUCAGAACCAUCAUCUACAGCAUCAUCAACAAGGCUUGCAGGACUGCCUACUGAGUCAGAGCGAGAUUUGCCUGAAUCACUACUUCACGGGGAGCCGUUCGAGCUUGGCAGGUAGCGAGGAAUUCCCCAGCCCGGCAGAUUCUCAGGCCAGCUUGGACUCCUCCAGGACCAGCCUAAGCUGCGCGAGUCAGAGCUACCUGCUGAAUCAAGAGCAGACGCAAGGGCUACUGAGUAAAGCUCAGAGCCGAUCCCAGGCUAAUCUGAAUCAAGGCCUGAGCCGCGGAAUACUUUCGAGAAUACGCAGUCUGAAUCGCGUUCAGUCUCAGGCAUGUCUGCUGAAUGGAUCUGCGACGAUCGGCUCUGAGCGGAUCGGCGCCAUCGCCGCGAUGAACCCUGUCAUCAGUAAAUCCCGCGAGAAACUGUACGGCUUAAGGUCCUUGUCGAAAUCUCAAGGUGUCCUGGAUAUCUACAGGAGCCUGGAAUGCUUGAAGCGUCGAAGGAAGAGCUAUCAGCGCGCAAAGACCGAGGAUAUGCUGCCGAUUUUCAAACAACUCGGCGCCGAGAUCGCGUCCUUUAGACUUACACCGUCGAUGAGCGACGAUCGCAUAGUCACUAAUGUAACGUUGGGAAGUGACUUAACGUCCGACAAAAUUGAGAAAAUUAAUCAAGAUAAGCCAACAAUAUCGACGGAUAUGAAGAUGCCGAGCGAUAUCACCGGCGACAAUCAAGAUAACUCGUGCAUCCUAUCGAAUAAUAUGAAACACGAAGCGAAGAGUGUAGAUCAGUUGCAGAUCCUGAAGAAGCUCACCUCGGAAUCCGAGGAAAAUCUAGACUCCCUGAAAUCCGUAGAGUCGGACACCUUGACAGAGGAUUCCGACGAGAUGCCGUUAAGACGCGAGACGGAAUCUAAUAGUUUAGGCAAACAUCCUUGCGAACGUCAACAUUCUGAUGUUUCUAGCCGUUCCAAUAAUUCAGCGGCGUCCGACGAUAAAGAAGAUCGUUCGACGGAAUCGGAGAACGAUGAGCCAAAGUAUACGGUGGCGCAGUUGGUUUCUGCAUUCAACAAGCACCAGGAGGUUGCUUCGAAAACGAGCCUGAAGGCAAUCAUGUCCGAGAGGCGAAUUAACGAGGUAACAUUUCCGACUGGCACAAAGGCCUUACGUCUCUUCAUCCCGGACAUUAACAUCACCGAAAGUAAGAUUGUCAGACGAAAGACGAGCUACAAGCCGCGAAAGAAUUGGGAGGAGCUAAGAAAACGCAACGAGAAAAACGAAGGUAUUCUGAAGAGUCUCAAUAACGAUUUUGACAAAGAGGAUGAGGAUAACGAAGAUGAGACGCGGGACGAGCUCACGCGGAAAGAGGACCAGGAAGAUUCCGUGAAGGAUACUGAAGAGAAUGUUAUUGCUAUUUUACAAGGGUUAAGCAAUCAGAAUGAAGAUACGAAUUUAUCCUUGGAUCAAUGGUCGCUUUUACAGCCCGAAGAGGAUAAUGAACAGUCCAUCUUUAUGGAUACCAUGAGUACUCGAAGCAAUCUCGAUACCACGAUAGAUGAAAAGUAUAAACAGUGCGUGAAAGGCGCUAUGUCUGGCAAAACGGAAAGAUCUGCAAAGAAUCAAAAACGAAAUCUAAAGCCGCUAGAAGCGCAAUCUAAGAUUACUAUCUCAAGUCGCCAAAAGGAAAGAUUGCCUAAUUAUAUAUAUCCGGAAAUAACUUUAAAAGAUGAUAAUCACGAAGUGCCUAAAAAAACGACUAUCACCAUGACUAACGGAAAAGCCGGUCCUAGAAUCGGAUCUAAGAUUGAACGAAGCAAAUCGAGUUUUAGUACUGACACCGCAAAUGUAAAUCUGAAGGAUAUUCUGCAGCGGGUGGACAGUUCCCAGAGUACUCCUAAAGAAAAUCUAGAAAAUCUCAGGAAAAGAACAUCGAUCGCGAAGAUUAUCUUGAACGACAAUCUCGUCCAUGAUAAUCAAGAUGGUUAUGGGACGAGUUCUCGCGCAAAGAAUGAACUGUCAUCGACCGACAGUCAACCGGAAGAGCGAAUAAAGCUGAUGGUUCCGCCAUCCUUCAUCCGAUCCUCCUCCUUGUCGAGCGACAGCAGUUGUCCUACACCAUCCAGCGUGCAAUCUGAUAUAAACGUGUCUUGGGAGGACGUCCAGGCCGCCGCGGGUUCCAGUACGUCUCUGGAGAAAGAGGACGUCUGCAGAGUCGCGAAAAAGAGUGAUAUCCAGCGAACGUUUAGCGAGGGAAGAAAUAGGCAAUAUACGGAAGAACGAAAAGGCGUCUGGGGUCGGAUCUGUACUGGCUCGUAUACUAGAGCCAUGGAAAAGUUUAGCGGCAAAAAUAUAGAUGCCGCGAGAAAAUCAACGGGUUCAACGAUCCUCCUGCAACAGACAGAAAAAACCAGAAGGAAGAGCAGUCCUGCAAUGCCACAGUAUAUAAAUCUUUAAGCAUCUUGACCUUUAGAUGAUUGCCGUUUAAGGUAUAAUACGCAAAAACAUAUUUCGAAUACUGUGACAUCUAUUUAAUGUUCCUAAAGAAAUGCGAUCCUUCAGAUUGCAAUGACAUGGAACGGAAGAGAAUGAGGAUAAGAUUGAUUGAUAUCUUUUUCCGGAGUAUUUUAACCGCGCGGCAAGGCGGAAGAUAAUGCUUUUGCGACCUUGAGAAGUGUAACCGUGAACAAGGACCUUGGGUAUUAGAAACUCUGUUGCAACGCCACGCGUCGAUCGGAAAGCGGUUUAAUGAUGCGGAUACGCGUGUCAGCGGUUCUAUUGAUGAGAGAACCGUCAUUAACGUCCCACUCGAUCGAGUGUCGACCGAUGCAUGAUCGAUGGCUUUUAUCUCUUUGGCUUAAUCUCCAUAUUAAGCAAACACUUAUCCUUAUUCUCGCGCGCGCGCGCGCAGGACAACACAAGAGUGGUAUCAAUGCGUGAUGAGACGGUGAUGUUUUUAUAAAAAAGAAGAGGUAUAUAAUAGAUGAAAUAGUAGAGAAGGUAGUUAUUCCAUCAUCUUGAUAUCUAUCUCGGUUACACUAUGUAUGUGUGCGCGCUUUCCCUUUGAAUAUUCGUAAACUAUUCUUAAACUUUCUCUCAUGCAAAAUAUUAUAAUGCAAUAUUUUUUAAAAAUUUCAAAGAUUAUUAUUGAAGAUUGAAAAUUUUUAAAAAUUGUAUGUAAAGAGAUUGAAUUUUUUUUAUAUUUCUGCACUUUUUUCAAUGGAUGCCAUACCUUACUGUAUUUUUAUAUAUGUAACCUAUUAAUAAAUUGCGUCUAAAAGA